GGCCGCUCCGCUAUUUGAGCGCAUGCGCGGCGGGGCCGGCGCCGGUGCGGGCGGAGAAGAUGGCGGCGGUGCGGGGGCUGGUGAACGGCGCCGGGCCCGGCGGGCCCCGGGUGCAGGCGGCGGCGCUCACCCGCGACUACCUGUCCCAGCCGCGCCUCACUUAUAAAACCGUAUCAGGUGUGAAUGGUCCCCUGGUUAUCUUGGAUCAAGUGAAGUUUCCCAGGUACGCGGAGAUCGUCCACCUGACUCUCCCUGAUGGCACAAAAAGAAGCGGGCAGGUUCUGGAAGUCAGUGGCUCCAAGGCUGUGGUUCAGGUAUUUGAAGGAACUUCAGGUAUUGAUGCUAAGAAAACCUCUUGUGAGUUUACUGGGGAUAUUCUUCGAACCCCUGUCUCUGAGGACAUGCUCGGCAGAGUAUUUAAUGGAUCAGGAAAACCCAUAGACAGAGGCCCCAUUGUUUUGGCUGAGGAUUUCCUUGAUAUAUCGGGCCAGCCGAUCAAUCCCCAGUGCCGUAUCUAUCCAGAAGAAAUGAUUCAGACUGGCAUUUCUGCUAUCGAUGGUAUGAACAGUAUUGCCAGGGGGCAGAAAAUCCCCAUAUUCUCAGCUGCUGGCUUGCCCCACAAUGAAAUUGCAGCUCAGAUAUGUCGCCAAGCUGGCUUGGUGAAGAAAUCCAAAGAUGUGAUGGACUACAGUGAAGAAAACUUUGCCAUCGUGUUUGCUGCUAUGGGUGUGAACAUGGAAACUGCCCGGUUCUUCAAAUCAGACUUUGAGGAAAAUGGGUCCAUGGACAACGUGUGUCUGUUCCUCAAUUUGGCCAAUGAUCCAACCAUUGAACGCAUUAUCACGCCUCGUCUGGCCCUCACGACAGCCGAGUUCCUGGCGUAUCAGUGCGAGAAGCACGUGCUGGUCAUCCUGACAGACAUGAGCUCCUACGCCGAAGCGCUGCGAGAGGUCUCAGCAGCUCGAGAGGAGGUACCUGGUCGCCGGGGCUUCCCAGGCUACAUGUACACGGACUUGGCCACUAUAUACGAGCGUGCUGGCCGUGUGGAAGGCAGGAACGGUUCCAUUACUCAGAUUCCUAUUCUUACCAUGCCCAAUGAUGAUAUUACUCAUCCUAUCCCUGACUUGACUGGAUACAUCACUGAGGGACAAAUCUACGUGGAUAGGCAGCUGCAUAACAGACAGAUUUACCCACCUAUUAAUGUCUUGCCCUCCUUGUCUCGACUGAUGAAGUCGGCUAUCGGAGAGGGCAUGACCAGGAAGGAUCACGCAGAUGUAUCCAACCAACUGUACGCCUGCUAUGCCAUCGGGAAGGAUGUCCAGGCGAUGAAGGCGGUGGUUGGUGAGGAGGCUCUUACCUCAGAUGAUCUUCUUUACCUGGAGUUUCUGCAGAAGUUUGAGAAGAACUUCAUUGCUCAGGGUCCUUACGAAAACCGCACUGUUUACGAGACCUUGGACAUUGGCUGGCAGCUCUUGCGAAUCUUCCCCAAGGAGAUGUUGAAGAGAAUUCCUCAGACAACACUGGCUGAAUUCUAUCCUCGAGAUUCGACUGCGAAACACUAGCCACAGCUUCAGCUCUGCCUCCUCGCUCUGUGAAAUGCUGUUUGUUUUCUUCCUUCAUGUGUUGGUGUUUACUCAUUGCCCUUACAAUUAAAACCAAGAGUAGGUGACAUUUGUGCCAGUGUUCCCAUGUACACUGAUACCAGUUUUUAAAAUAUCCCUUCUUCCAAAGCCUGGAUCUUCAGGAAAAUACUUAGGCCAGCUCUUACGAAUGUGCAAUAGCUACCCCAAAGUCUGGUUUUUGAACUGGACCUUUUGUAGGCGUGUUGCGGGAAUGUCCAAGGUUACCAGAAACGGCAAAUCUUUACUUUCGAAGCAGGAGCACAUGGUUCAGAAAACAUGAAAGAGCAAAUGUGACUUCUUUUGUCCCAAGCAUCUGCUCGAUCUGAUUGCACGCAGUCGCUGUGCUGCUGGUCGAACAGAUGGCAACGCUGCUCUCCUGCUCCUGUGCCCGAAGAUCAGGCCAAUAUGUGGAAAACCCUGUGCAUGACAACGUAGUGUUCUGAAAAAUGCCAGUCUUGCUGACUUUUGAACUGUGGCUUAAGAUUCUUAAAGGUGUGUGUGAUCUGAGGGCACCAGCAGGCAGGCCAGGGGCUUUUCAACAAGCCAGUUGCUACCUGAAGGUAACAUGAUAAGGCUUAAUUACUGAGUUAAAGGUUUCAAAUUCAAGUUUGCAGAAUAAGUUUCCUACUUGUCCUUUUUCCUUUGAAUUUUGAAAGUUCCAGAGACACAAACCAGCAGGUAAAGCAUUCCGAGAUCAGCCGUGUCCCCAUGGGCAGAGCUGCAGGUCCUUCAAGGCUUUGUGCUGCUACUGGAGGGGAUUAUAGAUGUGAAAACACCUCCGAUACCUGGCGCAGUUGUACUGGUGCGAGACCAGCUCUGAAAGUGUCCUGUGCCGAAGGAUGCAAGGGGAGAAAGCAACAAUGUGUGAACGGAUAUUUUGAAUUCUGUUCCAAAGCAGGGCCGGGCGGCGCUGGGUCCCCGGGCGGCGCUGGGUCCCCGGGCGGCGCUGGGUCCCCGGGUGGCGCUGGGUCCCCAGCCGCCUUUGGGGCUGUGCUGUUUGCACUCCAGGUGCGGAUUUGACCAGCCAGGGGAGCUCGACAUUCCCGACGCUGCACACUUGGCUCGUCACUUCAGCCUUGGGCUUGUGUUUUUUCAGCCUGGUUCAGACGCGGCUCCGAGCCCAGUGCUGGCAGGCUUGCUCGCUUCUUUUCCAGGCUUAACGUAGUCUAAGCUUUGGUCUGGCUAACCAAAGCAUGUUGCACCUCUCAAAACGCCUUCAGUGCUUGUCUAGGAAGGUGCUAAGAUGACUCGAACGAUCGUGUGCUAAUUCCAGCUUGCCCUGACGUCUUCUCUGUGCAGUUCUUUCUAUAGUUUGUUCUGUGUUCUCUGUAAGUUGGACGCAAUAGCAACUUUAUUCCAGUGCAUUCCACCCUAAAGCUGUGUCAAGUCUAUUUUUCUUGAGGUGUAGGGUUGGGAGUGUUGGCAUGAGAGUACUUUAAUGUAGAGAAUAUCUAAAUAAAUUAAAUAUGGAAAGUGUUGAACAAAA